AACUCUGUUUAAAGAGAUCAAUUAGAAAAUGUUAAAGAAGAAAGUAUGAACAUGCUCUGUUUUUGUGGAGAGGAAAAUAGAUGUGUCACCAAAAAAUCCACUGAAGGAGGGGUUGAUGAAUUAUAUUAAUUUAAAAAAAUUCUCCUUCUUCUUGUUCCUACUAGGCUUAACGUACCUACCACUGUCCUAAGCACUAACUCUUUCAACAGGUAUAUUCUUUACUCAAAUGAUUAAACAAAAACAACAAAGUAAAACCCAAUUCAAAGAUUUUCUUUAAAUAGUCUAGAAAGAUUGUUAAGAAGCCAUAAUCAUCCAACAUGAGAGGAGAAACUUCAGAAAAUUUAGCUUCUUAUUUCAUUCUGUUCCUUGGCAUUGCAGUAGCAUCUCACUCUGCCUUGGCAUCCAAGAAACUACUCAAAGAGCAAUCACCCUGCAAGAGUUUUGUGCUCUACUACCAUGACACCCUCUUCAACGGCACUGAUGCAGUUAACGCCACGUCUGCAAUGGUAGCAAAUAAGACUAGUCUAGGCGAUUUCAACUUCGGCAUGUUGGUCGUUUUUGAUGAUCCAAUGACUACAGAUAAUCAUUUACUUUCUCCCCCAGUUGCUAGAGCUCAAGGCUUUUACUUCUAUGACAAGAAGAACGAGUACAAUGCUUGGUUUGCCUACACUUUGGUGUUCAACUCGAGUGAGCACAAGGGUACUUUGAACAUCAUGGGGGCAGACUUGAUGCCUGAGAAGACUAGAGAUCUCUCCGUGGUUGGAGGCACUGGAGACUUCUUUAUGGCUCGAGGAAUCGUAACCUUACAGACUGAUACUUUGCAGGGUGACUUCUAUUUUCGUCUCAAGAUGGAUAUCAAAUUAUAUGAAUGUUAUUAGUAUCUAGAGAUGAUAUAUUUAUAAUAUAUUUUCGAUUUGGUUUGCUGGAAUAUAUGAGCUUUCUAUACAUAAUUAAUAUUAGUCAAAGUGUGUGCAAGUAGUUAAUUUGUAUUUUAAUCUUAGCUUGUAGUAGUCUAUUAUAUAUGGCUUUGGUGGCAUCUCAUCAUACGACGAAGCUCUCAAAAACUCUGCCAAGAGAUUCUGUAUCCUAAUCCUAUAUAUCUAAUGUUCAUAGUGGUGAAGUUA